CUUUGUAAUGCCUCAUCCAAGGCAGAAGACAAGCUGCAGUGUGUGUCAACUUGACGAGGCGAGAUGGCAAAUGCGUUGAGAAAUUCCGCAAAAUUCGCCUUUUCAGGUGUGUUGUCCCAGUUGUCCAGCCACAGUAGAAAUGGGAGUGUGUGUGUGUCACCGUGCUUCUCUCUGCAGCGGAGGAACAACUCUACCUCACCUAAGAUCAAGGUGGAUCUGGACAGCAGUACAGGUGUGGCCGUGUUGAUGAUGCAGAGUCCCCCUGUCAACAGUCUGAGUCUGGAAUUCCUCACUGAGUUCUGUAUCAAUCUGGAGAAACUAGAGAUGGACAAGAGUUGUAGAGGCCUAAUCCUCACCUCGACCCUCUCCAAGGUGUUCUCUGCAGGGCUGGACAUCAUGGAGAUGUAUGGGACAAGUCCGGAGCGCUGUGGAGAGUUCUGGAAGGCUGUUCAGGAGAUGUGGCUCAAACUCUACGGGUCCAACAUGGUUACCAUAGCUGCCAUCAACGGCUCUAGUCCAGCAGGUGGUUGUCUCAUGUCUAUUGGAUGUGACUAUAGGAUCAUGGCUGAUAACCCUCGCUACAGCAUCGGACUCAACGAGACUCAGCUCGGCAUCGUAGCUCCCUUCUGGUUUAAGGACACGUUGGUGAACACGGUUGGUAACCGGACAGCGGAGCUGUCGUUGGAGCUGGGUCAGUUGUACAGCGCUCCUGAGGCCCUGAAGAUCGGCCUGGUGGACCGGCUCGUACCUCAGGACCAGGUCCUCUCCACUGCACAGGACACCAUGUCCAAGUGGCUGGCUAUACCAGACCAUGCCAGGCAGAUCACCAAGUCCAUGAUGAGGAAACAGACCAUUGACAAGCUGCUGUCCAACAGGGAAGCUGACAUCACCAACUUUGUGAGCUUCAUCACUAAAGACUCCAUCCAGAGGUCCCUCCGCAUGUAGCUGGAGAUGCUCAAGAGUAGAAAGGUCUAGUCUGAGACCCAAACUGCACCCCUAUUCCCCAUAGGGCUUCUAACUGCACCCUAUUCCCCAUAGGGCUUCUAACUGCACCCUAUUCCCCAUAGGGCUUC